GCUAUUAAACGUUGACUUUCACUACGCGCUAAAUUCAAAGUCCAGCCUGUGCGUAAAAUCGAAGUAAAAGCUUCUUCUCGAUUUAAAAUGACUUAGUAGUUUUAAAUCACUUCCAAAAACUUUCAAUGUCUUAGAAAAAGGCAUUUUAGAAAAAGUUUCAAACGUUGGAUGGCACUCAGCUGUACGUCACAGACCCAAAUAGCUUGGGACUUUCCACAGGCGAUGUUUACGCACAGCUGUUUUGGGUUUUCUUAUAACGCUCCCAAUGGCUGAACGCGCACACAGGAUCCGCUGUUUCUCCCUGUGGAAGUGACUGUGUGCAUCCAAGUGGCUGCUGGGAAGGUGUGCUUGAGAUGAGAUGGAUUGAAAUUUCCAAAUGGAGCGUCUGUGUUUACUUGCCAGUUUAUGUCAGGUGGCCUUGCUGACCUGUGAACAGCAUUCAGACCCUGUUGAGGUUGAAGCUGUGUUCCAGUCCUUCCCCUCCAGUCCAGAUCCAGACAGCUACACAAUCACCUGCAGACCUGCAAGCAACCAUCUGGUGUACGUGGAGCUCAUUCAUCACUCAGCAUGCUCUCCAGACUGCCAGAUAGCACUGCGAAUGGCUGAGGACCAAAACGGUUAUAACAUCACACUGAGAGCCUGCAGGAAUGAUACCACGCUCCAGGCUAAGACCUUUCACUUUGUUCCAGUGUCCCUGUCCUCCUUUCAUGUUCACAGCUCAACCACUGCUGCACUCCUAAAAUGGAAAAUUCACAGGCAUCAGAUGCUAUCCUCCUUGUCUCUAUACAACACACGCACACAGUCUGUGACACACAUCUUCAACCUAAACUCCUCAGAGAUAAAAUCUCAGCACACAGUGAUAGGUCUCCAGCCUGGAACACGCUUCAAGGUUGAAGUGGUGGUGACUACAGUUCUCAGACAGUUUAAUGUGACCUUAAAGCAGAGACUCAGCACUUUUAUGGAAACAGCUCAGUGCCCACCUGGCUGGCUGGCUGAUGGGAGAAGCUGCUACACCGUGAGAAGAGCAGGUUUGACCUGGAGUGAGGCCCAGCACAGCUGCUCAACCCUGGCAGCUGGAAGUCACCUGGUGAACCUGAAGACUCUGGAAGAUCUGCUUUUUUUAUCUUCUUAUCUCCUGACUCAUGACAAUCUGCUGCUGCUAUGGACUGGACUUAAUGACCAGCAGGAGGAGGGUCUACCUCUCUGGUCUGAUGGCUCAUCAUAUAACCAAACAAACAAUCUGCUGACUCUGCUGCCAGCCAGUCAGACAGACUGUUUUGCCUUUCAGAGGAACGCCACAGGACCAGGAUACUUUCUCACUCCAUUCUUCUGCAACAUCCCCUUACCCUUCAUCUGCCAGUACCAGACCCCUCCAGCUUCUGCCUCCUUCUCGUUUGACCUGGUUCAGGUGAUGGAGCAACAGGUAGAGCUUCGCUGGAAUGACCUCUCCCCCUUUAACUCACUUAAUCUUUCAUCCUUUGAGAUAUUCCUCCAGUACCAAGAGAGGGAAAAUGGAGAUUCGGGUCAAGGUGAAGAACACAGACGCAGGAGGCCAGAGGACGAAAAGGGGACGAAGAGCCUGAGCAGCAUUAGAAAAAUUGUCCGUGUUCCAAUUUCCCUCUCCUCUAGAGGAGUCACUGUGGCAGGUUUAUCUCCAGGGAGCAUCUACUCUUUUACCCUUCAAGCCUCUCACCCUUCUGGCUUCAAGUGGAGCUUGGGACAGAUGCAAAUGGCAUACACUAGACCUCUUCCUCCUCAAAAUAUAACUGUAGGCCUAAUCACAGCCAGUCAGAUUAGUGUCCACUGGAUGCUGCCAGGAGCACAGUAUGUGGCCAGAUUGACAUUUGUUGUACGCUAUGAGGACAUUUCUUCAAGACAGGACAAGGUAGUUGGAAUGAACAACAUCUCCAGGGUGUCUCGGACCGGUGGGUUGCAGUCCUACACUGCUGUGAUUGGAGGGCUGGAAUCUUACAGGAAAUACAGGAUUGAAGUUUACACAGUAGCCCAGCAUGGGAUAGAGAGCUGUGGACAAACGCCUCUGAUUGUACAGACUGCGGUGAUGGCUCCUAGCGGCCUGGUGGUGUCGAGCCUGAGAGGAAACCUGACAGUCUGCUGGAUCAGUCCACCUGAUGAUCCCCCAGAUGGUUAUUACCUCACAUCCCAGCCGCUCAAAAAUCCUGCUGCUUCUUCACUGUGGAUAAACCAGUCCAGCCCUGGUGCACUCUGGGUAGAUGAAUCCGUGUGUGUUUACUUGGGGACAUUUACUCCUGGUCAGACAUAUGAAGUGGGAGUCGCCGCUAUGAGGGGAAAUGACAGGAGCGAGAGGUCCAGCAUCAUAUGCACCACAGCUCCAAUGCCAGUGCAGGUCGCAGUCCCUCUUUCAGUGGGCACCAACUAUGCACAACUGUACAUCCAGCAUCCACAGCUGGGUCUGAUUGAUGGGGUGAAAGUGUGUGCGUGUCCAGGAGUCUGUGACAGUGCAUGUGAGGGAGUAUGCGAGUAUAUAUGUGACUGGCAUUCCCUCGCUGCUGACGUGCAUAUCGUAACCCUUAGCAACCUGAGUCCAGGAUCACAGUACCAGCUGAGCGUGUACAGCACCAGCAGAGAGCAGAUCGGACCACCGUACUACACUCCCCUCAUCAGAACAAGCCUGGCUCCUCCCAGCAGACUGAGGGAAGGCGUGGUGACCGACUCAUCCAUAGAGCUGCUUUGGGAUCCAGCUGAAGGAGAAUCUCACAGUUAUGAAGUCACCUGCUUCAACUGUGACCACCCUCUCCAGGUGCAGAAGGUGUUAACUCAGAGUGCAGUGUUUUCUAGUCUGACUCCGGGCUUACUCUACCACUUUGCAGUGCGGACAGAGAAGGAGUCCUUCACCGACAGUUCACCGUCCACCGUCAAUAUCACUGCAGCUCCCAGCCCCGUGGAGAUCUGCCUCGUCAAUAAAACCACAUCAUCCAUAUGCAUUAGUUGGAGUAUGGGCAGGGGACUGGUGAGCGCCUUCCUCCUGUCAAUCAAAAACAGAACAUCCAUUCAAGAGCUGGUCAUUACUCAUCAGGAGCCCAGAUCGCACAGCUUUGAAGGCCUGAAUUCUGGAAGCCGAUAUACAGUUGAAGUGAUUGCUGUUAGUGGAGAAAGAAGAAGUAAACCUGCUACUAUGAUCCUACAUACUAUCCCAGAGGCGCCACAGGAAGCGUCUCUUUCAGAGCAGGCUGUGACGUCUGCGUUUGUAACCUGGAGACCACCACCAGGACAGGUGGGGGAGUACAAGCUUCGUUUUGGCAGGACAUCCAUGAACAGGGAGUCAUGGGUUCACGUUCUGGUCAAGGGCACAAGUUAUGAGAUCAGGGGUUUGAUUCCGGGGUCAGACUAUGGUGUCAGCAUUCAGAGUAUGCUGGGCUCAGACGCAAGUCAAGCAGUGCACAAAGAAUUUAGCGCACGCCCAGCAGGACUAUGUGGCCUUCAUCUAGAUAACGUGAACUCUUCCUCUGUCUGUGUGAGCUGGGACCGUGCACUCGGAGAGUUUGACUUCCACAGAGUCAAUGUGACCAACACUUCAGUCACAAACACAAUCACCAUACCCAAAGAGGAGCGGGUUGCCGUGGUGACAGGGCUGCUGGACGGCUGCAGCUACAACGUGAGCGCUGAGCGAGUGAGAGGAGAGACAACAGGAGUCGCUGCCUUUCUGACUGUAACCACAGUGCCAGCCCAUGUGCAGGGACUAUGUGUCGUGAAUGUAUCCGCACGUGCAUUCUCGCUACGUUGGAAGCAGGCAGUGGGUUGUGUGAGUCAUUACCAAGUGAACCUGCAACCAAACCAGGGACAAGUCACAGUUCACCCUGCACGUGAUGGAUAUGUUCAGGCCAACGUGGCGAAUGUCAGUCCAGGGACACAGUACACUGCAACAGUCACAGCAGCCGCCUCGUCCAACAUCAGCCCCGGAGUCAGCCGCAUGAUCAAUACUAAUGAGAGCGUCCCAGAGACACCUUAUUCUCUAGAGGGAGAAGCUGUCGGCUCUAAUGGUAUUCUGCUCUCCUGGAAAAUGCCGAGUGAUACCUCAACUCCUGACGGAUAUGUCAUCAGGUACAAGGAGGUGUGUCCCUAUCCAGAUGCCCAAUUCCUGCAGGUGAUACAUUUAAUGCCUGACCCAGAGACUCUGCUCACUGUGUUCACUUCAGGUUCUACAUACAACAUCCAGGUAGCAGCUAUGUCCUCAGCUGGAACGGGAGCAUUCAGCAAGUCUUUAUACAUAAAGACACAUGAGUCCUCCCCUGGCCUGGUGACCAAUCUGACAGCGUACGCUCAGAACCACACCUCUGUCAUGGUUACCUGGUUCUUGCCGCACCGCAUCAACGGCCUCAUCACAAAGUUUGCAGUCAAGGCAAAGCAUGCUCGCACAGGGCAGACCGUCCGAAUGCUGGAGGUCAACGCGGAGGACAUCAUGACUGGAGCGCUGCCUCACUGCAAUGAUGCAGCCGAUAUCCUCUCCCGUGCCACUGUAAGUCCCGUGGAGAUAACGGCAUCGUCUCCGCCCAUCACCCUCUCCGCUGUGCCCCCUGCAGCCGCUUGGAGUGUGCCCAUAUCAGUGGGAGUCGAUCAGCUACGACCUCACACUGCCUAUCUGUUCGAGGUGUCUGCCUUCACCUCUGAGGGAGAAGGACAGAUAGCCUCCACUAUGGUCCGCAUGCCAGAAUCAGCUCCAGAAGAUCCGCCACAAAACUUUGCAAUAUUGAAUAUGACGUCUAGAUCGAUCUCUGUCUCCUGGAACUCUCCUAACAUCAUCACAGGGAAGUUCACCUACGUGCUCUACCUAUAUGGACCUACAGGUUUUUUGUACGAGAACAGCACAGGAGACAUGCGUUUUGCUUUUACUGGUUUGACCCCCUACACAAGGUACACAAUAGAAGUCCGAGCAAAGGCAGCUGGAGAGACGGGACCAGCAGCACAUGAAGACAUAACUACACCUGCUGAAGCUCCCAGUGCAGUGCAGGACCUGGUGGCAAUUGCUGAGGAUUCGGUUUCAAUUCGUGUGAGUUGGAGAAGCCCUGCACAGCCCAACGGUCCCAUAACCCAGUACAGACUGCUGGUCCUGGUAGAUGAAGGUCUGCUGCAGGACAUCACCCUCAUGGGAGAAAUGAACACAACUGGUUUAUUUGAGGACGACACACUUCCUCCAGAUGUUUCUAACAGUCUGUCGCGACGUAAGAGAGAUGCUGAACUCAGUCUGGUCACAUCUCUGACGACUUUCACGCCCACUGUUUCUGAUCGCACACUGCACACUGAUGCUUCCACCUUCACACACUCUGUACUCAGAAGCACUGAUUACAUCACUAACACCGAUAUUCAACCAACCAUAGACCCCAUGGGCACUGACAAACCCAGCCCCAGUUCCAACUCGCACUUGAAUAGCGCAGACACUCAGUCUACUCACUCUAUGGUCUUUGCCACUUCUGCAUUUUCUCUUACCUCUGUGCCACCUGCUACACUUCCACCCUGGCUGACAAAGCAAUCACAAGCUGGGGGUAUGACUUCAGACUCCUCCCCCUUGGCCCUGACCCCGGGCCAGCUCCGCUUGUCUACACAUGACGCUUCAAUUACAGGACACUUUUCAACACGCAGCGCUGCAGUGUCUGGUACUACAGGUGUGACUGUGAGAGAGGAGGUGAUGGACGUUUUGUCUGAGGAGUUGUCAUACUUGGUGUCGGAUUUGAAUCCCUUCACUGAGUACACGUUCAGGGUCACUGCUUCCACCACUGUGGGAGAAGGUCCUGCUACAGAUAUCACUGAGAAGACCAGGGAGCAAGUGCCCAGCUCGGUGCUCGAUGUGUCCUAUCAAAACGUCAGCUCCACCUCCAUACGAGUGAGCUGGGUCCCACCACUCAAUCCCAAUGGACGGAUCACGCAUUACACCGUUUAUGGCCUCAAACUGCAGACUAAUCAGGCAAUGAAGUGGGUUUCUAACACUACCAGCAUAUUGAUAGCAGAUUUGGACAAGUACACAGGCUAUAAGCUGCGUGUAGCGGCAUCUACAGCUGUGGGAGAGAGCUCUCUAUCUGAGGACGAUGACAUUUUUGUUUUCACUUUAGAGGACGAGCCUGACUCCCCGCCUGUGAACCUCACUGUGGUAGACACCAGCCCCUCUACUGCCACGCUGCUCUGGUCUGUGCCAGAGAAAGCUAAUGGGAUGAUCCAGCGUUACGAGGUCCUGUAUGAGAACGAAUCCUUCUCUGCAUUGAUGAACACAUCAUCUAACAGAGUCUCUCUGACCAAUCUGAAACCGUUCUCCCAUUACAACGUGUCUGUGAGAGCGUACACGCGUUACGGCCACGGCAACCAAACGUCAGACACCUUAUACCUGCUGUCUGGAGAGGAUGUGCCAGGCAGUCCUCCAUAUGGCCUCUCCUAUGAGUCGAUCAGUCCCAGUGAGGUGAACGUGACCUGGCAGCCUCCCCUGAUGCCCAACGGGGUCAUUAUUGAAUACAGUCUGGAGCUUUGGAACUCCAGCCACUACCUGAACCUCACCUCCCCGACCAACUACAUCCACAUCACGCAUCUGAGGAAGUACGCACAGUACCGCGUCACGGUUCAAGCACACACUCGAGUCGGGCCGGGAAACUACAGCAGUGAGCCGCUCAACAUCACCACACUUGAGGAUGCUCCAGGCACUGCUCCUCAGUUCCUUAAAACCAGGAGGUUGUCAGACUAUGAGGUAGAGUUAUCAUGGCAACCACCACUUGAGGCCAAUUCAGACAUAGUCUUCUACAUUGUCAGAGUUUGGAAUGAAACAUUUGAGCGGGAGCAGAAUGUGACAGGCACAUCAGUGAUUAUUCAUGUGGACUCAGAGAGUCGCUACAAUGCCUCUGUCUCCAGCUGGACCAGACUGGGAGAUGGAGGAGUGCUGAUCUACAUCACCUUUACCACCACUGCUGCAGAACCCUCUGACCCGCCGCAGAAUGUGACACUUGUAAAUGUGACGGCCUCCUCUGUCACCUUGAUGUGGUAUCCACCCACUGAACCCAAUGGCAUCAUUGUACACUUCACCAUUUACUAUUCUCACAACAACAGUGUAACCGAACAGAGAGAGGUUCCCGUGUCAGAUUUACCUGCUCGCUCAUCCUCUGAUUCACCCUUCAUCUACACUCUGACUCGGCUCAUUGGGGGCUACAAUUACACCUUGUGGAUGACCUCCAGCACCAUACAGGGUGACGGAGGAGUCCAGUCCGAACAACUAACAGUGCUCUUACCGGUGGACGUGCCAAGUGACCCGGUCAGAAACUUCUCAGCUCAGAUCUUCAGCUCCACGACCAUCAUCGUGAGCUGGGACCCUCCCCUGGAGCCCAACGGUCGUCCCUUCUACCUGCUUACCUUGCAGGAGGCCGGAAUCUUCCCAGACACAUCCAGCCAAGGGCCUCCAGCUGUCAACAAGACUACCAAACACAAGACGGAUGAAAACAUCUUCCUGUUCCUCAGACUCAGGAAGUAUUUCCCUUAUGUGGUUACUGUCACCCCAGCAACUGCAGCUGGUGCUGCUUACAACCACACCCUGACAAUGUACCUGAGGACAAAGGAAGACAUUCCAAGUUCUGCUCCAUUGCUGGUGUCCACUAGGAACCUGUCGUCAUCCUCCAUCGAUGUGGUCUGGCAACGCCCUCUGGAGGCCAACGGGGAGAUAACAGAGUAUACCCUCACCCUGUAUGGGCCCGGGGGCUCCAACACAACACAGACCCCCAACACCUCGUUCAUCCUCACUAACCUCCUUCCAUACACAGCUUACAAUCUCACCAUAACGGCUGCAACACGUAAAGGCUCAGGGCCUUAUCUGGUGAUGCAGUUACACACUGAUGAAGGCGGGCCCAUGUCCCCUCCCCGUAACCUGACUAUAUACAACCACACGGCCGUCUCUGUGUGGCUGAGCUGGGAGCCUCCUCUGGAGCCCAAUGGAGUGGUGAUAAAGUAUGGAUUCCGGAUCCGAGACCUCAUCACACACACCGUCACACACCGGAAUUCCUCUGGUUCAUCGACCACGGAGUAUCUCUCAGGCUUCAGGCCUCAUAGCUCCUAUGAGAUCAGUGUGUACAGUUACACCAGAGUGGGCCACGGGAAUCAGUUCAGCAGUCCUGUGACCUUCACAACAAAUGAGUCAGUGUCUGAUGCUGUGGGGAACCUGUCUUGCUCAGGAGUGAGCUGGGAUUCAAUUCAGCUGUCUUGGGAGCUUCCAGCCAACCCUAAUGGGCAGAUCCUGUUUUAUGAGAUUCUAGUGGAGGUAGAAUCACAGUCCUACAUCCGCCAGGCUCACACAGCAGAGUACACAGUGACUGGGCUCUUACCAGACCAGGAGUAUGCGCUCACUGUAGCUGCAGUCAACUCUGCAGGACCAGGAGACAGAGUAAACUGUUCUGCUUCCACCCUUUCUGAAUCAGUCCCGGCUGCCCCUCGCUCCCUCACCAUCUCUCUGGUCACACCUAGCAAUGUGACACUGCAGUGGGCUCCACCGCUCUCCAUUCCAGGCCUGCUGAAAGAGUAUCAGAUCGUUGCACAGCUGCUUUCAGCUGUUUGUGAAUCAAACAUACCACUUACUGUUCAGCUGACCCAAGAGGACGAUAUAGCCUCAGACUGCGUGGACUCUGAUGUCAUGUUGCCAGUAAUUGCUUCAGAUGCCUCUGAAGAGAACAGCGUCACGCUCCAAUCGCUGGCUAAAUACAGAUACUACCGCUUCAGAGUAGCUGCUGUGACCAACGCUGGAGUUGGAGAAUAUACGCCGUGGAAUUAUGCACGCACCCUGGCUGGAAACCCUGAUGCUCCUCCCCGCGGCUUAAAAGUGACCCCCACCUCCAACAGCCUUCGCAUUGUGUGGGACGCUCCAGCUGUUCUCUCUGGACCAACUUCAUAUCUUGUGCAGGUUGAUGGCCCUGCUAUGAACAUCUCAAAAGUGCGGGCUCCUGGAGAGUUGAGGACUGUCGUUGUGACUAACCUGAUGGCUUUCACUCGUUACGUUGUGACUGUCACUGCCUUCACGGGUCCAUUGGAGCACGCUGCUAGAGAUGGGAAAGCCAUCGGGCCGAUUGACUUCCAAACCCUGGAGGAAGAACCCAAAGACCCUCCCAAGAAUGUGACCGUCUCAGUUGUCCCAGAGGAAGUAAACCGUGUUAAGGUGACCUUCAACCCCCCUGAGGCGCCCAAUGGUAACAUCACUGCCUACUUUGUGUACGUGUAUGAGAAAGAUCGGAUGGUCAAGAACGUCAGCAUCAGUAUCACCCCAGGAGAGAAUAACACAGUGGCGGCGGUCAUAGAAGGUCUAAAGGGAGGACACAACUACAGCAUACAGAUUUCAGCAAGGAACGGAGCCGGCACAAGCCCACCAAGCCCACGUGUCCACAUAACUACAGGGAUCAAAGCCCCAACCAAGCCAACCCAAACACCCCAGGCAGAGAUGGGCCGUGGAGGGGUUGCCAUGGUAACCCACAGGAGUAUCACCAUCCGCAUGCCUGCCUGUUUCUAUAGUGACGACAAUGGACCAAUCAAAAAAAUUCAGGUCAUCGUGGCCGAGUCAUCGGUGAAGGAUAUGGAGGACCUAACCAACUGGAAGACUGCAUUCUUUGGUCGGCCUGCCCCUUACCUGACUGAUGCGGGAUUCCCCAAUCCGCUAUGCCCUUCAGGGAACAGGGCUGGAGAGAGCCGGUCAAUAAUGAGGAGCAACCAAAUUACAGAAUAUAAAAGAAAAGAAGAGACCUAUGUGAUUGGAGAAAAUGAUGACUGCAUGCAGGAGAACAACACUGAUUACUUCUGCAAUGGACCUCUGAAGCCUAACGUUGUCUAUGUGUUUAGGUUCAGAGCCACUAACAUUAAUGGCCAACAUACAGACUCUGAAUACUCGGAUCUCGUCAAAACUUCAGUGGAUGGGAUGUUGACCAGAGAUGAGCAGAUCAUUAUGGGUGUAUUGCUGUCCUUCUUCUUGGCUGUGUUGAUCAUCCUCAUCAUCUAUUGCUCAGUCAGGCUCCAUCGGCAUAAGAAGGAGGGUGGGACUUACUCACCCAGAGAGGCGGAGAUCAUAGAGACUAAGUGUAAGCUGGAUCAGCUGAUCGCUGUAGCAGAUCUGGAGCUGAAACAAGAAAAACUCAACCGGUAUUCUUCCUUCUUCUUUAAACGGAAAGAGAUUUAUGUCAUCCAGCUGCUCAGCUACAGGAAAUCGCUCAAGCCUGUCAACAAGAAGUCUUUCCUGCAGCACAUAGAGGAUCUGUGUGCCAAUGACAAUGCCAAGUUUCAGGAGGAGUUUGCUGAGCUCCCAAAACUGCUGCAGGACCUGGCCACCACAGACGCUGACCUACCCUGGAACAAAUCCAAGAAUCGCUUCCCCAACAUCAAACCCUACAACAACAACAGAGUGAAACUGCUGUCAGAACCAGGCACUGCGGGCUCAGACUACAUCAAUGCCAGCUUUGUCUCAGGCUACUUGUGUCCUAAUGAGUUCAUCGCCACCCAGGGUCCUCUGCCCGGCACCGUGGCUGACUUUUGGAGGAUGAUCUGGGAAACAGGAACUCGCACCAUCGCCAUGCUCACACACUGUUACGAGAAAGGCAGAAGCCGGUGUCACCAGUACUGGCCGGACGAUGACAACAAGCUGAUGACAGUGUUUAGUGACAUUCUCAUCUCAAAAGUGUCAGAGGAAGUCCUUCCUGACUGGACUGUCAGAACCCUGAAAGUGGAAAAGCAUGGACACUACAUUUUGGUCCGCCACUUUAACUACACAUCGUGGCCUGAGCAUGGAGUACCAGAUUCUUGCAGCACACUCAUUAAGUUUGUCAAAGCUGUCCGGGCGCACAGGCACGAAAACACCACUAUAGCAGUCCACUGCAGUGCCGGUGUAGGAAGGACAGGUGUGUUUAUUGCCCUCGAUCACCUCAUUCAGCAUGUCAGAGAUCACGAAUUCGUGGAUAUUUAUGGGCUGGUGGCUGAACUGCGCAGGGAGAGGAUGUGUAUGGUGCAGAAUCUGGCUCAGUACAUCUUCCUGCACCAAAGUACGCAGGAGCUGCUAAACAACAAAGGCAACAGCCAGUCCAUUUGGUUUGUUAGCUAUUCUGCUCUGGAGAAGAUGGACUCCCUGGAUGCCAUGGAAGGUGACGUUGAACUGGAAUGGGAAGAGACCACUAUGUGAAAAUCUGAGGUAUGCCUCUACCUGCGAGUAUUCUUUCGGGGUCAUUGGCACAUGACCUGUGCACAAACCCUAAACAGAACCGCCUCCACCAAUCAGAGUUAGAGGAUGAACGUGGAUGAACGGGAGGUGAACACCACAGUCUGAACUGAACGGUCUGUCUGAUGACUAAGACUUUGUUGCUCCACUUCAAACCUACUUCUCAGCGCAGUCCUCUCCUUCCUGCACCUCUUGUCCACUGGUUUCCGAAGAGGGUGAGAGAAACAGAAACUGAGAGAAGCAACAGGGGUAAGAGAGAAAGGGGUGAGCUGAUUGUGAGAGCGCUAUCACAUCUGUCAGCCUGCAGGUACUUUGCACAAAUUGAUUUCACUGUAAUUUUAUUAUGUUGAUAUCAUCUACGUUUUUGUAAGAUAAUUUAUUCAGCCAAAAUGGUAUUGUUGUUGUUUUCCAAGCCUCUUUGUAACUCUGUCUGUGUCAAUGUGUUGUUUAUCCUUUCUCAAGAGUGAUUUGCAAAAAUAAAAGUAACUUGCAUUUUU